CUUUCAAGUCCGGAUGUGUUAGGAGUGUCAGAUUAUGCACAUUGGUGCAUAAUGCAGUCAAUUUUCUUAUUUGAUUCGUCCGGAAACAGCAAGCAGAGGCAAAACGACGAGUGGGUCCGCGGGCCGAGCGCCGCUGCCGCUGCUCACUCGACAUUCGGCUCGAGUCUGCCGAGCGCGCUGCGUGUGUCCCGCGCUCUCCGCCGACCAAACUUUACUCGCUUCCACGAUCGUGAAUCAAGUGCACUAUAUGAACAAACAGUUUUAACUUGACUUACCCUAGUGACAGUUUUUGUGUUGUUUGAUUUUGUUUUGUGAACACAUUGGAGGUGCCCAAUAUUCCGAUACCGGCUAUUGGGCUGCGCCGGCGCCACACCACAGACGCCAGUUAUGAUGUGAGCGGCGCACAGCACCGCGCGUCUCCCAAGGUGUCUGCGAUGUGGUACGUGUGGUGCGCGUUAUUGUUGUCGUCCUGUGCGCUGGGGACGGCAGUGGAGCCCGAGGCCACUACGGAGGCCGUGCCGGUGGCGACGACGUCGGAGGCACCGCGCACGCUGGACCGGCAGGCCUCCGAGCUCGCGUGGCGCUCCUGGCUCAAGAGUCCCGAGAGCGGCAACCCCAGCGCCCCGCCGAGAAGGAUCAUAACAAAGUCGCUCUUCAUCACGCCUUAUGUGUGCCCUAAAGGACAACGGCUAGACAGAAACGGAUGCGUUCAGAUGGUAACGGUGAACAAAGAUGAGCACGAGCGCAUCCUCCUGGAACAACUAAACGCGCUGUUCACGUCGCCGCCGAGCGACGUCAUGUACGACUACGGCGACGAAGAGGCUGGCCCCCUGCAGCUCUCCAUACCCAUCGGCCUAGAUCCCCAAGCCGCGCCACUGCAAUCGCAUGAGCCAGCCGCUGAGGCUCACGAACAGCAACUGAACGUUGUCAAAAAAGACGAAAACAAACCUAACAACGACGCGAGCAUAGAAGCCGAAUUAGAACUUCUGAAACUGCAACAUUCGAAACCAGAUAACGAUACUGCCUCGCUCGGAGUUCUGAAUCACAACGUGUUAAACAACUUCUUACCGUACGCGGAUAAACCGAAACGAGACAGUCCCGCAGUCAAUGAAACAGAGUCAUCUCAAACUAACACUACUGAUCUAGGGCAGAAGGAGCAAGUUUAUGGACACGUUAACGUCGACCCCGUUGUUUACGGUACGGAAUACCAAAACCAACAAUAUGACGAUUUACCUAAAGUGACAGAGGUUACAACUGAACAAACAACCGAGUCAGCGCCGAUACUAAUUAAUGAGACAAUUGUUAACAAUACCCAUGUAGACAAGAAUAAUAGUGUUAUUUUAACGCUUGUUCAGAAUCAAACAAAAGAUGACGUCUCUACUGAAAAAUCUGACAUAAGCACUAAUUUAGAUGAACAUUUGACAAAGGAUAAGAUUAAAUUGAGCCCCGAAAGUGAGUAUUCCGACAUCGGAGAAGCAAUAAAACUAAUAAGUCGCUACGCCGAAGUAACAACUGACGACAAUUUUGCCAAAGAUCAGAAGAAAUACGCUUCGAAAGAUGAUAACGUACUCGGCACACGCACAAAACCACUUCAGCACCGUCGAAAUAAGCCCCUGGAACUGGCUGAGCCGCCAUUGCCAAUACCACAUGUUUUCCCACAAGACACCAAGGAAAAGCCGAUAUCGACAGGUUACGUGCCUAACGAGAGUUACUACCGCUAUCCCUGGACAAGUCAACAUACCGUUACUCCGCCACCGAACUACCCGUUUCGUCAUUUACAAGAUUACUGGCCUGACAGGCGCCAAGUGGGCGGGGUCUACGCUGGCGUAGGUCACGAGAAUCCCAGAAGACAUCAUCAUUCGUACCCGCACAGCUACUACCGACCGCACGGGCUACCAGACGCGAGCCAGGCAGGCGUGUACCUGAGGUCGGAGGACGCCGCGCAGCCGCAGCAGUACCCGUACAAGGCCCACGCGGGCCCGAUGCGCUCCCACAACCAGGACCUCUACACCCUGCUCGGUCUAAGGCACUGGUUCAGCAGCGAAAGUACUUCAAAAAGAUAGCUCAUUUCCCCCAACGCUAGACAAUUCGAUGUUACCCGACGACUUAUAAUGGAAGCUAUGGAAGAAAUGUCAUAAGAAAGUAAUACAAUUAAAAUGAUUACUUAUUGCUCCAAACAUAGGCGGAAAGUAGCAACUUUAAUAGUAAAUGUACUUAUAACGAUCCUUAGCCGUACCUGUUUGUGUUUAACAUUUCUGUCAAUAGCUUUCAAUAUAUUAGCCUAUUUAUUUUAAAGCCAAAUAUUACAGUCAUACAUAGUUAAGUUUUUAUUAGCUGUUUAAGUUUUUGUAAAUACGCCUACUUAUACAAUUUAAGUGUUUCAUCUUGCUGAGUAUUAUCGUUGUUUAAUUUAAAUGUAAAUUGUUUAUGAUUUAUCAAUCACUAAUUUAAAUUAUAUUUAUUCGAUGUAAUUAUUUUGAUGUUAUUUUCGUUGUGAACUGUGGUAGUGUGUGUAGUAGAUGUUUGGUGUAUAGUGUCGUUGUCUUAGUUUACUAUGAUCGUAGGUACUGGCGCUGGCUUGCCUAAAACCCUUUCAAGGAUAAUAUAAAAUAUCAGAAACGGCGAAAAUAAUAUAAAAAGUUGUGUUAUUUACUAAGUAGAUGAUAAGUAUAGCAUACAUGUUCUUCAGACAAUAACUAUGAAACCCACCUUUAUCAAUGGAAACAAUGGCAAUUAUCCUUGAAAGGAACCUAAGUUUAACUUUAAAUUUAUUGGUUCAUCGGAGCCUCAGCAGACUUGCCUCAUAUUUUAUAGAAUUUGAUGAGAUUGAAGGACGUCUGUUCCUGGAUAAUUUUAAGUUCUUGAAUGUAUAUUAUGUAUAAUUUUUGUACAAUCUCAGUCAAUGCCUUUAAUUUUCAAAAUGUAUUAGUUUCGUGUAUUUUUAACGUUUAUUGUUUAACUACUCAUAACAUGUCUACCGAACUAUUACAAAUACAUAUAACGAUCCCACCAAAGCUUAGAUUAAGUAUUAGAAUAUCUAAUAGUGACGCAUUGGUGCAUUUUAUUUGACUUAUACAAAUUAACUAUAUCUAUUAACGAAUUAUAUUGACAUAGAAAAGUGGAUGUAUUUUUCAGAAAUAUUGAAUGACUAUUUAAAAUAUAUUAUCAACUAAGCAAUAUAUUUUUGUAAUAGUCUAAUAAGACUAGGGAUUUGGGCUACUUCCUGAGAGUUUAAAUCGUGAAAAUAAAGUAUACCGGUCACAUUGUCAUACACUCACCUUCUUUUAUAUCGGAGAGCUGUGCACUAAAAAGUGUAUCUUGUUAGGAUUUUAUAUAGGUAUAUAUAUAGCAUAGUAACACACUAUUGCUUUUAAUACAGAAAUAAUACCUACCUAUGUCAAUAUUUUCCAUUUGACAGACUUUCUUUACACCACACAGCACCACACAGUGUACUAUCUGAUAGUUAUUAUUGCCUAACCACUCAAUAUAAAACUGAAGAGGUACCUAUGUGAAAUAGGAAUAUUUCUGUAUAAAAUCUCCUCUACUCCCCUAAAUAGAGAUAAAUCUAAAUUGUUUCAUGCAACUGUUCCAUUCCGCCAGUCACCAUUUUAUAUAAGUAAGUAAAUAACGUCAUAAGUUACGUCGUAAUAAGUUACGUCCAAAUGGACGUAACUAUAGCCGUAAUAGAGAAUUUUCAUUAUGAAAAGAAACUUCCUUUAUUAAAGUACCUACCUGCCUACUGUUAGAUGUUAUUUCUUCAUUCUUUUAAACUGUUAAAAAGAAUAAAAAGCAAUGUUGACGUACUUAGGUAUACUUCGCCAGUCACAAUUUGUAACCAGUGGAUGCACUUUAUAAAUAUUGAAAGUACAAAAACGACUUCAUAUUCAUACUUUUUAAAAGAGACACUUACCUCUAAAGUAUUGCGUAGGUUCUCAUCUCAUUCCAAACUUCUAAACAAGUCGCGUCUUUAUAUAAAGUUCACGUCACGAGCUGCAAGACCGGAGCCGAGUCUUGGCAACUCUUCAAUUCCUGAUUGCGACUGUUUUUGCGCUAAAAACGGCUUGCGUAGGCCCGGCCGAGUAUGUGCAUCGGUCAAGUCUUGCACAAAUAUCAACUGUACUGUACAAAUAGAUUAAGGUAUUAUAAGUAGUGAACUAUUAAUAUAAUAACAACUUGAAACAGAACUAACGAGAAACUGGAUAAUCGUAAUGCAAUUUCUGGGAUAAAAUUUGGGUUUGCUUACCUAUACUCUAUCAGAGAUCUCGAUUACAUUCAGCUUAAUUGUUUUCAUAUUGUGUCUGUCUUAAUUAAGUACUUAUUUAGAAAAACGCUACAAGCCUAUUUGGAUAAUAGAAAGUAUGUUUUUUAAACCCGGCCUAUUACAUAAUAAAAAAAUUAAAGUAUAUCUGGUCACUGUUUGUUCUGUUUUGAAUGUUGUCGUAAAAUAUAUCUCUAAAAUUUGAAUUACUAUACUGCAUUUCGAUGAAUUACACGAAUAUGAUUAUCUGCCAGUAUUUUAUUAUUGUAAAUAUUAAAUGUGUUAUAUUAAAACUGAAUCAAAUGGGAA